AGCGGCGGCAUGAGCGCGGCGUAGAGGCACCGGCACCGGCGGCGGCGGCGGCGGCGAGAGCAGCGCCCCGUGCCCCCGCCCGCCGCUGCCCCCUCCCCGAUGAGCUCCUACUUUGUCAACCCGCUGUACUCCAAGUACAAGGUGGCGGCGGCGGCGGCGGCGGCGGCAGCGGGGGAAGCCAUCAAUUCCCCCGGGGUUACCUGUCACGGGGAGCCCGCUAAAUUUUACGGAUACGAUAACUUACAGAGACAGCAGAUUUUUACGACACAGCAAGAGGCCGAGCUGGUACAAUAUCCUGACUGUAAAUCGUCCAGUGCUAAUAUUGGCGAGGAACCAGACCACUUAAAUCAGAGCUCGUCUCCUGCUCAAAUGUUUCCCUGGAUGAGACCACAAGCAGCGCCGGGUAGGAGGAGAGGAAGACAAACAUACAGCCGAUUCCAGACUCUAGAGCUGGAAAAGGAGUUCCUAUUUAACCCCUAUCUGACCAGGAAGAGAAGGAUCGAGGUGUCCCACGCACUAGGACUCACCGAGAGGCAGGUAAAGAUCUGGUUUCAGAACAGGAGGAUGAAAUGGAAAAAAGAGAACAACAAGGACAAAUUCCCCGCUUCCAGACAGGAGGGAAAGGAAGGGGAGGCCAAAAAGGAAGCACAUGAUCUGGAAGAAGACAGAGCUGAAGGCCAGACGAAUUAAUUUUUUCCCCAAAUGUCUUUGUGCAAGUCAAUCAAAAAUGACCAGGGCUAAAGCCCGACGUCUCGGCUCAUCCACCCCUCUACGUGAUCUGGUCGUGGGACGAAUGACCCCAUGUCCCUCGGUUUGACAUUUCCCUGCUUCGGGUGCUUCACUUGUUUGUGCUUUUAUUUUGUUUAUAAGCGUAUCCAAAACGAUCUCUAGAUUUAACAUUUCGACAUUAUUUUUUUUCAAAUUUGAUACAGAGUUUGUAGCAAUAAAUUUCUAAUUAUAUAUAAAUAUAUAUAUAUAUAUUUGCAACCUUAAAAGACGAUGAUUGUGGGAAACGACAUAUACUUCCUAAUAAUAAAUAUCAAUAAGUAAGACAUUUAACAACGCUUUAUUAAUCAAGACAAGUGCACUUGUACUAUUUUAAUUCUUGUUCUUAUCUUAUGUGGAAUAAAUUAAAUAAAUUUAACGAUCUUGAAGAAAAUA